UUACAGUAGUUUGUUGAUAGCCAGCCCCGCGAACGGAACGCGUACGGAAGAAACCGAUUGCCAUAGAUCGAUGUUUCUACAAUAUUUACGGACCUCCACCAGCCAAUUGCCGUGCGGAGAACGAAAGCAAUUGGAUCUCUAGACGGGAGAAAAGCUAAUAUUUUGCGAAAUUUGCAAACUCUGUGUGGCAUUUAAAGUAAUUGGAGAAGCAAACUCAAAGUUCUAACUAAAAAAAAGUAUAAAAAAAAGAGAUAUAUAUACGCCAUAUCAGCAAAAGCCAGGCAGGCGAUUAUGAAGCCAUCGUGUCAGUUGUCCAUCCGUUCUUAGCCAAACGAUAACAAGUGGAAGACAAUGUCGCGGAUAUGCUAAAUGGAAAUGGAUCCGAUGAUUUGUGAUUUGCGGUUGGGCCACAUCUGGCUAUUAAUUCUCAUUUGUUUCUGCGGCUUCAAGCAAUCCAGCUCGUUUUUCGUAGACUAUACAGAGAACACAGAGCUAAUUCAGCAGAGAGCCGGCUUUGAUGUCAAGCUGCAGUGCAAUCUCAAAGGUCUCGUAGACGAAAGUAUGUUGGAUGACAUUAAGAUACAUUGGUAUUUCAAGCAAUGCAAUGAAAACAAUUGCCAUCAGCUGGAGUCUGUGGAUGAGUGGACGGCGUUGCCUUGCGAGCCGAGUUUGUGUCGUCCGGAGUUAUGGCUCCGGAAUGUUACGGAACGAUAUUCGGGACUUUACAAAUGCACCAUCAAUCCUCAUAUUUGGGACAAGGCUCAAUCAGUAGAUGUUCAGCUAGUUCGUACCUAUCAGCUAGAUGUUAAGAAUACCUCCUUAGCUGCACCCGAGUUUGUAGACUCCUAUCCCAACAACAAGACAACGUUGGUGGGCAGUCGGGUGGUGUUUCAGUGCCGCGUUCACAGCGAGGAGUAUCCCACAAUCAAGUGGUUUCGACGGCACACCUAUGUGGGAACUCAGGCAGCUGGAGAAUCCUCUUCAACAUCCAGUGCCUCCAAUUUCAGCACACAUAUUGUCCGAUAUAAUGGUCGGACAUAUGAACUACUUGCCACAGAUCCAGAAAAACUGAUGACACCACAGAUAUAUCUCAGCAAGUUGAUACUGGAUGGAGUGAGAUUGAGAGAUGCUGGUCAUUAUGCCUGCGUGGCCAUUAGUUAUCGGGGUCAUAAGAUCAGAGAGGCAUUCCUAGAAGUUCUACCCGUUGAGGAUGAUCAGGAGAAAGAGUACUGGUCUGAUUACGAUAGUGGAGAUGAAGGAAUUCCAACUAGCAAUCCCCGGGAGUUCCUGCUGCUCUUCCUUAUGCCACUGGGAUUGGCAUUGCUGCCACUAACCGUAUGGCUUAGUUACAUUUUGUACAAACGCUGCUCCGUGGAAUCGGAGGAAGAUCUGGACACGGAAAGGUGUGUCCUUGGAGGAAAUUAACCCACUGAUUGCCAACUAAGUUAAAGCCGCAAUACGCUUAUUAAGAUUGUGAAUAAAGACUGUCUAAGUCUAAGUCUAAGCUAAGAAAGUUAUAUGUACUUAAGUUUAAAAAUAUAAAAUACAAAUUUAACAAGUAA